GUUCCCCCUCCCGGAAGUGCGUGGCUGUGAGGAAACAUGGCGCACAGGGCAGUAAAUGAACCGGUGAUAGUCAUUGGUUCAACGUAUUUUUUCACUGCAGCGUGUUUGUCUGUGUUCGUAGCCUUUGCAACAUUUGAAAUAGUAAAUACUGAUAAUGUAUUCGGUGCAAGCCACGCGCCAACCGUAGCUGUUGCUGCCGCGAGGGAUUUACGGUACUUGUUGUAUGAUGUUAACCCUCCAGAGGGUUUCAACCUGCGAAGGGACGUGUAUAUACGCAUGUCCUCCCUGGUGAAGACUUUGAGGAAGGAUGGGGAUGACUGGGUUCUGGUGCUUCCUCCAUGGGGUCGCCUCUAUCACUGGCAGAGCCCCAACAUCCACCAGAUCCGCAUCCCCUGGUCAGAGUUCUUCAGCCUUACCAGUCUGCAGGCCAACGUGCCUGUUAUUGAGUAUGAGGAAUUCAUCGCUGAGAAUGGAGGCCCCUUCAUAGACCACGUCCUUGUACUGCAGAACUACGCUGAGGGAUGGACCGAUGGAAAAUGGGAAGAAAAGGUUGACGAGCGGCCCUGCAUUGAAAAGUUGAUGUACUCCAAAGACAAACAGGGCUAUUACAGGAGCUGGUUUUGGGGUUUUGAGCAAACGCGAGCUCGAAAUGUGACGUGUCUUUCAGCCCAAGGCCAUGCUUCCAUUAUGGCUCCAGUUCUUCAGAAAAACAUCACAGUCACAUCAGUAAUGCUCGACCGAGCAGAGACACUCCUUCAUGAUCACUAUGCUGGGAAAGAUUACUGGGAUACCCGCCGCAGCAUGGUUUUUGCCAAGCAUCUCCGACUCAUUGGAGAUGACUUCAGAGCAAAGUACCUGAACUCUACAGAUGACAGAGACCACACUGUUUACAGCGAGGACUGGACUCGCAUGAAAGCCAAGCUUGGUUCAGCUAAAGGUGGUCCGUACCUGGCGGUACACCUGCGCAGGAAAGACUUCAUCUGGGGUCACAGAGAGGAUGUACCCAGCCUAAAGGGGGCAGUCAAAAAAAUGCGCAGCUUGAUGAAGAAGCACAAACUCGACAGAGUGUUUGUUGCAACAGAUGCAGAUGAAGAAGAAUUGAAGGAGCUUAAAAAGUUUUUGCCGGACAUGGUGCGGUUUGAACCAUCCGCAGAAGAUCUGGAGCUCUUUAAAGAUGGCGGAGUGGCCAUCAUCGACCAGUGGAUAUGUGCCCAUGCAAAAUAUUUCGUUGGAACGUCGGUGUCCACCUUCUCCUUCCGCAUCCACGAAGAAAGGGAGAUCCUGGGUUUUGACCCCAAGACCACAUACAAUCGUUUCUGUGGGGACACUGAGAAAGAAUGUGAACAACCCACACACUGGAAAAUUUUUUACUGAUGUGUCAUUUGCAUUUCCCGUACACACACACGCACACACACAAGUGCCAAAACGCAGUGUUAAUUCAGUGUUUCUGUGGAUUAUAGUCAGGAGAAUAUAUAUUUUAACUCUUUUUCUGAAUGGUUUCAGAGUUGUGCAAUGAGGUCUGUAGUGACCACUGUGACUGAAUAUUAAGCUCAAAGGACAAAGACAAGUGCAUAUCUGUUACGUUAAAGUUCAUCAAUUAAAACGUAUAAUUUUCAGGUUAUUUUCCUCCAACAAUCCCUGAUAUUUUAAAUCAUUCAUAUGUAUUACUAUCUCCAGCACAAAAUUUGGACCCUAACCCUGCAAAUGUCUUCUGUUGCCUUCGCACAAAACAAAAGAGCUCACAAAAUCACUGCCUCACGAAAGUGGCUAAAACUCCAUGGGAUACCUUUAAAACAGAAGACGGGACUGAACUUCAUGAUUAUCAGUUCAGGGUUUGUUGAAAAGUGGUGCGAUUCCCCAUUUAUGACCAGUAUUAACAUUUGUUACAUGGUUACAUGGGGUUUGAUUACACUUUUACUAAAAAUGAGGAAACGUAACUUAACAAUGGACUGCAUAUGUAAAGUGUCAAUUAUCUCCACCUUUUAAAUUCACUGUAUUGUACAUUAUGGUGUUGUUGCAUAGGGAGCCACUGUGACAACUUUAGCUGGCCAUCGGGCUGUAAUCUUAAUAACAACACACCCUUAAUUCCUAAAAAUGCACCGGUAUGUGCAAAUUAGAUUUCCUUGAUGUGCUUAUAGUUACUCAUUUUUUAUUUUAAACACAUGAAGUUACUAAAUCAAACCAGGAAGUUAUCUGAUGAUAUUCUUUGAUGGGUGUAAGGUUAAACAGUGAGCAGAUCGACAUUAAAAACCCAUGACCCAUGGCAUUAUUGUUGUGACUCACCGUUUUGAAAGGGUACAUUCUGAGCCACCAGGCAUGAAUCAUGUGGCAUGAAACUUGUUGCAGGAUUUAAUGUGAUGAUGAAAUGAUCGGCGUGAUUGCAUAUUUUACCUCUGUGUCGCGAUCCUCGGUUCAAGGUGCAUUCUUCUCACACAGAACUAUCAAAGACAUAGAACCAGUGUAACAGCCCUGACAAUGGAUAGCUCAGUGUUUCUUGGUCAGCAGUACAGUUGUGUCAAAAAUGUCAACCAAGCCUUUGUUUCAAAAAAAACCAACGGUUUCUUACUGUACAAUGAUUUGUGUCUAGGAAUGGAAAGAAUUUUUGUGUAAUAUUGCUUGACUUACUGAAUUGCUGUCAAAAUGACUUUUUUCACACCACAGUGUCUUGUAUGUCAACCUACACGUUGUCUGGAUGCUCACCUUCACACACAUUCCUACAGUAUAUGCAGUGUGACGAGAAGGAAGGCGCUAAAGAUGUUUGCCUAAGCCACACAUAAGAUUUAAUAACAAAGUGAAAGAUUUUUUUUGUGCAGCCGUCAUGUCUUGCCUACAUUAAAUUAUGUACACAUUUCA